GGCGGGCGACCUGCCCACUCAGCUGGCCAAGCUGGGUCGGGCGCUGGUUCAGGGGCUCACGGGCCACCUCCCGCCUCCCCCUCCUGCUGCUAGCAGCGAGGGGCCGAAAGAAGCAGGAGCAGAGGCAAUGGAGGUGGAUGCAGCAACAGCUGACGGCGACAGGAAUAGGCAGGAGGCCCCGGAUGCCCCCAAGCAGGAGGAGGAGCUGGUUCCGCUGCCUGAUGACGAGCGCAGUCACGCGGUGCGACCGCUGUCAUUCAAGUGGCUGGCGGGUCGGGGGCACGCGGAGUUCAGCAGCGGGCGGCAGCAGGACGCGGCCGAGUACUUCACACACCUCAUGGAGCUGAUCUCCCGCACCGAACACGCCCAAGCUGCACGACUGGGCAUCUCCCCCUCCUCCUCCUCCGCUCCCUCCCCCUCUUCCCUCCCCCUUCCCGCCUACUUCCGCCUCAGUCUGGAGGACCGGCUGCAGUGCGGCGAGAGCGGUGCGGUGAGCUACCGCACCACCCCCUCGGCGCUACUCAUGCUGCAGGUUCCCCUAGAGGCCGCGGUCAACUCCGAGGCGGUUGCGAGCUACCGGGACCGACAGGCCAAGAGGCAGCGGCUCAGGGAGCAGCAGGCGCAGGCUUACAUCGGCGCUGCCCCCGAUGCUACAACAACAACAGCUGCUGCUGCUACCGCCGCCACCCCAGGCGAUACCAAUACGGCAACGGGUCCUGCUGCUGCUGCUGUUGGCGGCGGUGGCGGCGGCAGUGAGCAGGUUUCGGGGCCAGGUAGCAGUUCCCUGGUGGUGCUUGCUGACGAGGGGGAGGAGGAGGCGGUGCUGCCCCGGGUGCCCUUUGACGCAUGCCUGCAGCGGUUUGCGGGGACGGAGGUGGUGGACGACUACCGCAGUGCCGCGCUAGGCGGGCGGCGCACGCACGCCACCAAGCGCACCCGCUUCGCCUCCUUCCCGCCUUACCUGCUGGUGCAGAUAAACAGGUACUUCCAGGACACCGACUGGACGCUCAAGAAGCUGGAGGUGCUGGUGGAGGUGCCCGACCGGCUGGACCUGGAGCCGCUGCGGGGGGCGGGGCCGCAGCCGGGCGAGCAGCUGCAGCCGGCGGAGGAGGACGCAGCGACACCGGGAGCGGCAGGAGCAGCGCCUGCAUCGGGCCAGCCAGCAGCAGCAACCCCAGCAGCAGGGCAGCCCCAGCAGCAGCCGGAUGCAGCGCUGGUGGCGUCGCUGGUGGAGAUGGGUUUCGAGGCGAAUGCAUGCGCUCGUGCGGCGGUGGCGGUGGGGGCCGGUGCGGGUCUGGAGGCGGCGAUGGAGUGGCUGCUGGGGCACCUGGAGGACCCGGACAUCAACGAGCCGCUGCCGGACCCCUCUACUGCUGCCAACGCCGCCUCCUCCGCCCCCGCCCCCGCUGCUGCGGACCCCGAGAAGGUGACCCAGCUCACCUCCAUGGGCUUCUCCGACACGCAUGCGGCAGCGGCACUGCAGGCCUGCAGCGGCUCCCUGGAGCGGGCCGCGGACUGGCUGUUCAACCACAUGGACGACCUGGAGGGCGCGGUGGCCAAGGUACUGUCGGAAGCCGCUGCAGCGUCCGCCUCCGCCUCCGCUGCUCCCCCUGCUGCUGCUGCUGCCUCCGCUGCCGCCCCUGCUGCCCUGCUGGACGGCCCCGGCCGCUACGAGCUGGCGGGCUUCAUCAGCCACAUGGGCUCCAACCUGGGGUGCGGGCACUACGUGGCGCAUGUCAAGAAGGAGGGCAGGUGGAUCAUCUUCAACGAUGAGAAGGUGGCGGUGUCGGAGCAUCCCCCGCGAGACCUGGGCUACCUCUACCUCUUCAAGCGCGUGGAGUGAGCAGCGGAGGAGGAGGAGCAUCCCCACACGUCCUGGUGUCGAGAAUUAAAGGGGGCCAAGCGAUUAGAGGCGAGGAAAGCUGGGUUCAGGAUGUAGGGUGGCGCGAAGGCGGGGCAGCAGCAGCAGGAGCAGCGCUGGGAGACCUGUGAGGGACAGGAGGCAGACAGGGAAGUAACAGGAGGGACAUGAGGGUUGAAGCAAGUUGGGGUUUGUAGUGAUGCAAAUUGACAUUGAAGGCUUCUGGUUGUGUAAGCGUUGCGGUAAGGAGCGGGGGUUAUCGAUGGCCGUAGAUGUUAAUGGAAGAUGCGAGACAGCGAGAGGCGGCAGGGAGAACGUGUAAAGCCCAAUCUUAAAUACAUAUGGGUGCGGCUUGCAAAUCGCUGGAGCAUGUAU